UAGUCAGCCUGUGGCAAAAUGAGAAUCCGUAAUGUCGUUUCUAUGAUUUUAGCUGUAUUUUUUGCUGAAGGUGGAAACUCCAAGCAAUUGCUAAUGAACAUGGAAACGUUUGAUUACGUGUCUAAUGAAAUCGAAGAACGCAGCGGAGAAUCCGUGCGUUCCAAUCGAACAGUUGAAAGAAUAAAUCUGACGUUGCCAGGUACCAAAUGGUGUGGACCAGGCAACGUCGCUGAUGACUACGAUGAUUUGGGGAAACACGAGGAAGAGGAUAAGUGCUGUCGUGAUCAUGAUCACUGUGACAACAUUCCUGCUGGGGAGACGAAGCAUGGCCUGAAAAACGAUGACUAUUUCACCAGACUCCACUGUAAAUGCGAUAGAGACUUCCAGCAGUGCCUGAAGGGUAUCAAUACUACCUUGGCGAAUCGACUCGGUGGUUUCUAUUUCGCUGUACGCGACAAAUGUUACAAGAAGCAGUACCCCAUUGUAGACUGUGGCGAGAAGAAGAACAUGUUGUUCCUUCGACGAUGCGUUCGAUACGUUUUGGACAGCUCUAAGGAUCGAGAAUGGCAAUGGUUCGAUCUACCAUUUUACGAUGAUAACAUGAUGGUAGACCUCAAUUGAAUGUACCCCGAAAGUGUUUGAAUAUUUUCAGUAAUCUAUUUGUAUGUUCACCAUUACUUGCGAAAUUCUUAAGAAACGAAAUAUUUUCUUCAUGAUUAAUAUUCAACACUUCCAUUACUGCCAAUAAACGAAAGUUGUCUAUUCAA